AUGGAGACAUUCAAGAUAACUUCUUUCCUUACCAAUGAUAGGGAGCAACUAGAGCUCAUUAGGGGGCAUUUUGAGCAAUACCCAGAUGGAAUGACGUUAGACGAUUUUCGUGGUGUCUUUUCCCAAUAUUUCACUACGGGAAAAGGAAGACGUGAUAAUAGUGCCUGGGGAGGACAAACCAUUCGAUCAAAUUUGGGAGUUCGUGGAGGAGUAAUAGGAGAAGAAACGCCGUUUGGUCGACCGCGUAGUGUUAGAGGUAGUCUUCGACGAACAGAGGGAAGAGAUUCCAUCUCUGUAAAGAGUGAUUUGAAUUUUGGUUUUUCCGCUGUAACGUUAGAAGAUGCCUUUACGACACUUCGUGAAGGUUUAAAUGCAUCUCUUAAUUUUGGAGGUAAAUCAUUCCGACGCCCGUUGGAGGAACAAGUGAGCGGAAGUGCAGUGGAAGUGUUAUUUGGCAAAAUUGACACGGAUGGUGAUGGGAUUAUUACGUGGGAGGAUGUAUUGCAAUUAGCGGUGGAAGAGGCUACACAGAGUAUUACCGUGAUGACAGAAGAGAUGCGAUCCUAUUCUUUUUCUCGUGUUUCUCCACGAAUGAAACUUAUUCAAACUAUUCAUACACUUCCAAAUCAUAAAUCUUUAUUCGCCGUAGUUACCCGAACAGAUCCUCUUGUUUUGUUAAGUAAGAAAGACUUUAGUGUGGUUAAACAGUUUAGUUUAAAGGAUUUUGAUAAUACGUAUCCACAGCAUAUAGAGUAUUUACCUCUACCAGAUGUUUAUCUUGCUUGUACCUCACAAAGUAAAACGAUUCGUGGUUGGUGGAAUGUGAUAUCUAACAAUCGUAUGGGAACAUUAAAUCCACUGGCAUUAACAGAUGUGGUUCGUCAAAUGCGUACACAUCAUAAAAUAUUUCCAUAUUCUUUCUUUACAGGUGGUAGUCAUGGUAGUGUAAUGCAUUGGCAAGUACCUAAACAACGGUCUAUAGUAGAAAUGAGUAGUGUAAACUGUUAUGAAGGACUUCACUCAAGAGAUACAGGUGGGAUUACAGAUUUUACUCUUACAGAUGAAUGGCUUUUAACUACUGGAUUUGAUCAUCGAUUACUUUCUACAAAUUUAGAAACUGGAAGAUCUAUUCUUAUUGGAAGACCACGUGAAACUAUACGUUUUGUAGAAUAUAAUGCAAGUUAUGCUUGUUUACCAAGUGUAUCGUAUACAAAUCAAAUUCUUUUAUGGGAUGUUCGUUCAUCUGCUGUAACACCUGGAGCUGCAUUUGGAGAUGAAUCUGUCAAACAACAUACUGCAGAUAUCAUUGGACUUUGUAAUGCCCCUGGUUUACCUCAAGUUAUUACUGGUGAUUCAUCAGGUUUAGUUAAAGUUUGGGAUCUACGUAUGCUUCGAUGUACACAAACUAUGUAUGCAGAUGGAAGUGUUGGGGAUGAAACUAAUGUGGAUUUUUUCUAUGGUGAUCAAGCUAAUUAUCAAGAUUCAGAAGCUUUUGCUAUUCGAGCUGUAGAAAGAGAUGAUUUACGACGUAUUCGUUCUAUUGGUUACUUUGGAUCUACACAAGAAAUUGUAUGUGCUUCAUCUGAAUCUAUUUAUUGUGUUCGUUAUAAUCAUCGUCGUGAUGGUAAUGCGGCUGAUAUUGAAACUAUUAAUUACGCUUGUUAUGAUGUCCAACAAGGUACUAUUAUUUUACAAGGACCAACUCGUACAUCUAUUUGGGAUGCGGUAGAUGGAUUUCGUAAACGUGUUUUUGAUCGUGCUUCUCUUAUUAGAGGUUCUUAUCGACAUCAAGAAGUUGUAACCAUGUGUAUGGAUAAUUCUCGUAGUCGUGCUUUUUUUGCUCUUGCAGAUGGAACUAUAGAACUUCGAUCCUCUAAAACAUUUGAAGUAUUAGAAACGAUUGAAAUGCAUGAUGUGAAUGCACAAGAAAUGAUUUUUAGUUCAAGACAUAAUAUGCUUGUAGUGAUUACAACUAAUGGAACUCUUUCUGUUCGUUAUGAUACAGAAUCUGGUUUCUCUUCUAAUCCUAUUACUAUUGUACUUUCCAGUGAACCCUUACGUGCCUUAACGAUAAGUGAUGAGGUUGGCUUAAUUGGUUGUUGUGAUAAUUCUAAUUUAUUUUUCGUGGAUUAUAAACAAACCAAGUUGUAUGUUGUUUCUAUUUCAGUUAAAAAAACUGUACGGACAAUGUGUUUACUUGGAAAAUACCCUAUUAUGGCAGUAGGCUGUGAUGAUGGAGAAAUUUCUCUCUGGUCAACACCACCAGCUGAAGAAAGUUAUGUCCAAUUGGUUUCUUUUUUUAUUGGGAAACGAACAGAAGAAGAGGAAAAAACGGCAUGUACACCCACACGCAGUAGAGGAGGUUCUUCUAAACAUUUCUCUUUAACGACAAGGGAUUCAUCCAUAACAGUACCAAAGACAUCUGAAGAAAGUAUUCCUUAUGAAAGGAUUUCCGCUUCUAUAGCAAUGGAUGAUAGAAGGAGAACUUUUACAGAUUUACUUCAGGUAAUUGCUAUAGAUGAUAAUAGAAAAGAUGGAUUAACAUGGUUAACCUGUGAUGAUGUAUCACAUCGUCUUUUUGCUGGUGAUCAAAAAGGAAAUGUAUAUGUGUAUUCACUUUGUCCUUUUCUACAAGAAUUUGGUUUUCAACGUUGUUCUUUUGAGAAGAGAGUACGAUACCGACUUCGAGAUGCUCAAAAUGAUUAUACAGUAUCUUCCUAUUUACCACUUUUAAUGAAUACAGUUUCUUUACAUAAAGGACCUAUAAACUACUUGACAUGGAUUCCUACUUUAAGUGCUCUCAUUUCAUGUGGAUGUGAUCGUUUAGUAAAAAUACUUAACUAUGAUGGAAAAGAAACUGGACAACUUUACAUGGAUCGACUUCCACCCAAACGAGUUAUGGAUGAUGUAGGUUACUUGGAUCAUGUAGGGGAUUGGCAACAAAGAGAAGAAGAUCAAAAACAUCUUUAUUCUCUUCCUCCUACUAUCGCUUCUUCUACAGUAUGUCAAAAUUGUGUGAAGUUAGAAGAAGAAAUGAAUAAUCGUCGUUACACUGCAGAUGGGAUGUCUGGAGCGGAAUGUACAUCGCCUAUUGUGUUGCCAACAUUAAAUACACGUCGUGGAGUGAGUUUAGUCUCUUGGGGAAAUAAUGAACACAUGGGAACACAACUGGGUAGUUUUAUGGCCACAUCAGAAGAAGAAUCGACGGCUAGUUCUAUGAAAAAUACAACAACAGGAGGAACAACUUCUCUUAGUCCAUCUGCUACGUUUCCCACCACUACGAUUACGAAUGUGAAUACCAAUACCAAUAUUACUACUACUACUAUUCUUACCCCUACUCCUACUCCUACUACUGCUAAUAAUAAUAAUAAUAAUAAUAACAAUAACAGUAGUAGUAGUAAUGGUAAUAGUAAUAAUAAUAAUAGUAAUACUGUUAUUGGUUCCCCCGUUGCCAUUAAUGCCAAUACUAUGGCACCUGUUCCCACCACUACUACUAGUACAACAACAACAACUAGGACUACUACGACUACUACGACUACUACUGCAUCUGCGACUGUUACUUUGGUUAGCCCUACAGUUGCACCUUUAGAUUCUACAUUUCCAUUAACUUCUCGUUUAGUGGCACUGGAGGAAAAGAAACAGUGGAGACCACUAAAGGAGAAACCACGUGAAUUUCGAGAACGAGAAUACGAUCCUCCUACACGAUCUGUAAGCACGGCAGCCGAUUUCUUUAUGGAUGCGGGAGUGGGAGCGGGUGUGAGGAAAAAACUCUCUUCUGUGGAAGAAGUCAUUCAUACAAUCAAAUGGUGGGAGACCGCGCGGGUUCGCAGUCCACCACCCACGUGGAAGAGAAGAACAGAUAUUCUCACAACACCCGUACAGUUUGGAAAAGACAGUGAAACCGUGCAAACCACCGCAACCGAUGGACUCUCUCUCUUUGGUGCUGGUAUGACUCGGCAAAGUGGAAAGUCGCCUACAUCCACACGAGAUUCACCAGGGAGACCAGAAAGCGUUUUAAAUUUAGAAACGCGAAAUACAUCAUUACACAUUGGAAGAGUUAUUCAAAAAAAGGUUGGAAAAGAGAAGCGAGCAUUCUGCGCAGUGAAAUCCUCUGAAAAAGCUGAUGAGGCUACAAAGAGUGACACAGACUCAUUUCUUAAUGAUAUGAUACAAUCAUAUGGAAAGGAACUGCAUCGUUGUAUACGUGGAAAAAAGAAAACGAAGCGUUCUCUGAAGAAUAUUUCUGCUGUUGAAAAUGUUUAA